GGAAGGGUUUACCGAUGGAUUGCAAUAGCAAGUGGCGCCGUAAUCAACAUAUUUAUCGGUGGAUAUGCCGGUUUGACAAAUAUUUUGGAAACGGAAGGGAGAUGGACCCAGAGACUAGAGUUUGUCAAAGAUGAAAACAAAUGGUGGACUGGAAUGAGCUCGAUUGUACUGACCGCUUUUGCUAUGGACUUAGUCGCAUUCUCUAAAGGUGAAAGCGUUGAUGCCACAAUAUUACUCCUUGCUGCUGAGAACAGGCUGUGAUCUACCCGAAGGAGCAAAAAUAAGAGACAUUCUCUCAUCCGAUAAUCGAGGCUCAAGUAUUACGGACAAGAAGCUUCGGUAUGAGUCCAAAGUCGAUAUUCCAGGUUACGGUGCUGUAUUUUCCUCCAAGAUCAAACAAGACCUCAUGACAGCACUUAAGCAAAGUGAACAAACAGGAAAAAAAACCGCUGCCGAAAUUUUUGGGUAUGUUGAAUCGCAUAAUUUGGCAAGAAACUUUGUCUAUCCCCAGCAUCGAAGUAAUCAGUCAAAGGUCAGUAUAUUGUGGGGAGGAGAAAAUUGUGAUCUAUUCUCCCGAAGAGUAUCCAGAGGUAUUACAGGAUACACAUUGGAAAGGAUUCGAUCAUCAUAUUCAUUAAUUAAUGUUGAUGAAAAGAAAUGGAUGUUUGUGGCGGGGGGAAUUGUUUCACGUAACAAAGGAUUAUACCCCAAGGAGUUGAUUUAUGGUCUAAGCGCAGGAACUGAUGAGGUCGAAACAACCUCAAAGUGGAGACCACGAUCGGCUAAAACGAGUAGAAGUCAAUAUGAUGCAGAAUCGAAAACCCAAUUCUCUGGACUUGGUUCAGCUUUUUGUUCGGCAGUUGUAGAGAUUGCUUUAUUGAUGCAAGAUAUACCAAACGGUGUCGUUAUCAAAGCGCUCAAAGGAAACGUCGAACAGCAGCAAAGUCAAAAGAUGUGGCAAGUACGAAAGCUAAUCGACAGCAUCGAGUUACAAGAAGCAAUGUAUGUAUGCCAGUACAUGACACUCUGCGCCAAGCUCAACUGAUGGGCGUGGAUUUGAUUUUGUCUCUUCUUUUUCGUCUACAUCUUCUUCACCAUCACUAUCAUUUUUUGCUGCUUCUUCUUCUCUUUCUUCUCUUUCUUCUUCUCUUUCUUCUUCUCUUUCUUCUUCUUCUACUUUGCCCACCACUUCACGUUUUUCUUCUUUACUUUCCUCUUCUUCGUCCACUUCAAGUUCUUCUUUGACCUCUUCUUUAGCUUCUUUGGCCACUUUUUCUUCAGUUGUUCCUUCUCUACUUCCUAUUUCACGAUUAUUACCACCUC